AUGGACACUGCCAGUCCACAUUUAUGUCAGGACCUCCAGGACGGCUACCGAUCCUGUCAUUCAGCGCACAAGACGAACAAACAUGGAAGAGGCACUGUUCUGUGGAUGUGCAUCACUGCCUACCAGUUGAUCUAUUCGAUGAUAACGACAAGCUUUGCCCUCACAGUUCUACCAAGAGAAGCUGAAAGACUAAACAGCGAAGCUUCAAGCCUGUGGCUGGCCAUCUACGUGAUGAUCUGCGGAGCGACGCAACUUAUAUGCCCGAUAGCAGGCAUGUGUUCCGAUCGAUUGUCCUCGCGCUGGGGCCGGCGACGCCCCAUCCUUCUGGCUGGAAGUGUGGUGGCCAGCGGAGGCUUCAUGCUGGUCUACUUUGCAAGCCUGUUGUCGUGGCCGAUCAUGUUCAUGGUUGGCUUGCUUGUGACAGAGAUGGCUCUCAACGUGGCGUAUGCUGCCCAUGCUGCACUCCCUGCCGACCUCAGUACAGCCAGCACCAGAGAUGUCGAGUCUACAGGUUCAUGUAGAGAUGCUGAAGCCGGCAUCGUCUCCGGCAUCAUUGCACUGCACUCUUUCCUUGGCGCCGUGCUGGCAAUGGCUGUUAUAGAGCUGCUGAGAGGUCAGCCGCUGCAAACGUUCUACAUAAUCUAUGCAGCUGGAGUGGUCUUCUGCUCUUCGAUUGUGUGCACGCUAGCGAAGGAGGAACGUAGCAAUCAAAGCUCGGCAUUUCCAAGUGGAGGUGAGAUUCUGUCUGCCUACACGCUGGACUUACCCGCUGACCUUGAUUUCUUCUGGGUUUGUACUGGCCGACUGCUCUUCUACACCAGCCAGGCUGUCAUCGUCUUUAUGGAGUACUUCAUCCGCGACAUGUUCGAGGCUAAAGCCGAGGCAACGGUGAUCUCGAGAUUAAUUACUUUGGUUCUCAUUGGGCAGCUCGUUGGUGCAGCUGUGGCACUUCCCAGCAGCCGUCUUUCUGACAGCUUUGGUCGCAAACCCAUGGUUUACGCAUCUUGUUCUGCUCUAUGUGCUACCUUUCUGACCUUCAUCAGCGCGCCACACUUCGGAUGGUAUGUCAUGGAAAUUGGAGCAGUUCUGUAUGGCCUGGGAGCUGGGUCAUACAUGAGUGUGGACUAUGCACUGGCUCUCAAGUGCUUGCCCGCGUCCAAGGACAGCGCGCAAGCGUUUGGUCUUUGGGGCAUCGCCGGCUUUCUUGGAAGCUGUUUGGGCCCACUGCUGGUUGGGGGAGUCCUGUUCUUCUUUCCUCAAGCAGGCUCCGAGCCCAAGAUCUGGCACAGAAGCCAUUUCCAGUACAAGGGCUACGCCCUUGGCAUACUAUCAGCCGGUGCGCUUCCUGCUCUAGCCGUGAUCCGUGCAACUACACACAUUCGCAGGGAAGUGUAG